AUGGAGAGGAACUGUCCCAAGAUGGAUGAUUUCCCAGAUGAUGAUAUCAGUGAUGAGAAACUGUUCCUUGAACUACUCUCAGACGACGAAUACAAAAGCGAUAAAGCAGAAAAUGUAUUUGAUAGAACUGAGGACCUAGAUGAAGGCAUUAAGAAUAUGUUUGAUGACCUUGGAAUUCCUGUUGAAGAUGUUGUCGGCUCAGAUGAAGAAUUGAAAGUGUCCGUUAUUGAUCUUGUAUCAUCUUCCUCUUUCUCUUCUUCUUCUUCAUCAUCAUUAAUGAAGACCAAAUGCAAGCCCACAUCAGUUUUACAACACAAGUCUGAGCCUACCUCAUCCAAAAUGAGAGCACUAUCCGAUUCUGAUUUUCGUUGCCUUCGCCUCCUUCGAACUCACCCUUUCCUGCAAGUGAUGGAUUACGAAAAUAACGAUCCAGGCAAAUACUCGACUUUACCUGUUCCUACGUACAUUUUCCCCAACCAAAGUAGUUCUUGUGUUAUCGAUGCAUCUUUUGAGCUCCUGCUCAAUGCCGUUCUUCCGUUUGUGGAUAUGUCUUUCGCUGAUCAAAGCAAUGUCUAUGAUAGUCUUCUUGUCAAUGCUUAUGAGUCUUAUUCCCAGCAGUCUCAUUUUGGUAUUCGUGCAGCUACCCUUACAGUAAGACAGUUUGUCUGGAAUAUGACAGAAUACAAGAUUGUCUCUGGUGCUCCCCGAAUGGUCAAGACAUUCCCAAAAGGCCAUGAAGGUGAUACCCACGAUUUGGCGAGCAAUAUACUACAGCGUUUGUCGGGUGCCUUUGCAAGCAAGAUUUGUACAUUUCCGUCGUUGCAGUGUGAAAGAAAAGUGUCUUGCUCUGUAGAAAAAGCGCAUGCGUAUGCUAGAGAUGCCUUUUUUGAGUUUAUCUACAUGAUUCCAACCACUAUCGUCGAGGAAUUGAGAGACUGUCGUGGAUUUAUCAAUGAAGCGGCACUGGACGUGAAAUUCAAUGACUUGUUCAGAGAGAAGGUGCUCAAAGAACAUCAGAAAGGAAAGUGUAACUUUCCAGGGUGUGAUGGAGUUUCGACAUCACUCAAAGUACUACCUCAAGAUGAUCAGUUUCCCGAGUUCCUGUUCAUACAAGAGGGUGCAAACUUUGUCCCUGGACGAACAGCAGGAGACAAUGUUUACCUGUCUACGUAUAUCCACAUAUCACAGAAUUUAAAAUACAAAUUGCACGGUAGAGUCUACUCGACUUGCUAUGAUGAUAUUGACAAUUGGAAACAGCAGCAAAUGAAGGUGCUCACCUCAGAUAUAGACGUGGCAGAGCGUCUUUUGAAAGAUAUCUCUAACACGGUGUAUGCAUGUUAUCGUAUUUGCCAGAUCAGAAAAUAG